AUGCCGAGAAGAGCGCGAGCGCCAGCUUCGUCGACUUUGAGCGGUCGGCGAAGACGGACGCCAGCGGGAAGGACCUUCGUCGUAGGAGGCUGCAUGGAGGACCUGGCGGCGACGACCAACAAGCUCGAGCAGGGCAUGGCGGACAUCAGGACUGCGGUGUCGCUGAUGGACAGUGAGGUGAAGAAGCUGGAGGCAAUCCACCCGAUGUGCGUGGACAACGGCAUGAGCUACGAGGAGCGCGUCGAGAAGCGGAAGGCGGAGAUGGAAGCGCUGACCAGGGCCCUCUGCAUCCUCGACACCAACAACGUCGAAGAGAGGUGCAUCGCCUGA